CUUACUCAAAAAACAUACCCUAGAAGCAAUAAGGUGACUGGAAUUAUCGGUAUACAGGAUUACCCAGCUCCACAUGGACGGCUACCUUAUGGCUCGGGCUCACAGAAAGGCCACCCAAGUCACAUAUGACGUUCUAGGAAUUUGAUUAUUGCCACACUCUGUGCGACUACAAAAUUACGUCCGACGCGCUAGCUCAACAGGAUCUAUUUCAUCCGUUCGCAAUAGACAUUCUCUCCUGGAACCCACAGCGCACACGGAUCUAGUUCAUCAGUCCUACAUACAAUGUCUUGGCCUAUGCCCAGCGGCGCAACUUCUGCAGGCCCAGCUCCGCCGGCGAUUGCGCUUCCAUGGCCAACGAGAGGCGUCAGGCGACCUGUGCGGGUGCCGGCAUCUCGUCAUCAGCGAAACGGCAGGAACCCGCAGCGUGAAGCAUCCAUGCGCAAAGCCAAGUACGCUGCCGGUAUGCUAGCGGGUGUUGCGGUUGUGGCGGUCGUGAAGCGGCUGGUGGCCUCCUUGCCGCUACUGGGGGGGCUGGCGCGGCCGGUGCUGGAUCUUUUCCCCACGCUGCUGGUGGGUCCCGCCCUGGGCGCCGCCCUGGUGUACGGCAACGAGCAGGGGGACCUGCUGGCUGCACGACAUGUCGUACGACAAAAGGCGGGGGAGGUACGGCAGGAGUUUGAGGCUGUUGUACGGGAUGUACGGGAGGAGGUGCGGGCGGCCAAUGAGGAGUUGAGCCGGCGGUUGGAGAGGUCGCAGGACGUGUACGACAGCACGGCUCGCGCUGCCGUACAGUCGGUGGCGGAGCUGGAGCGGUCGGUGGUGCCGCUGAUUGAGCGGGAGUACAGGUCGAUUGAAGCCGCCGCUCGCCGGGCGCUGCAGGACGGCAGG